AUGUCGCCGCGAGUUAAAAACUUUAUUUGGAGAAUUUGUAGGAAUUGUAUUCCAACUCGAAUGCGACUCCGAGACAAAUGGGUUAAUUGUGAUAUUGUUUGUUCACUGUGUAACUCGGAAGAAGAGGAUACUCUUCACCUCUUUUUUCAUUGCCCAAGUAGCUGUUCUGUUUGGAGUAUGUGGGAAGGAUAUUCUUCCAUUUAUGCUAUUUUAAGCCAAGACUAUGACAGCAAAACAAUUGUUUUUAAAAUUCUGCAGGUGUUGGCAGCCGAAGAUGCAGCAGCCUUUUGUUGCAUUCUUUGGAGCAUUUGGAAGCAAAGGAACGAUAAGGUGUGGAAUAAGGUUACAGAUGCAAACACCUUUGUUCUAUCUCGCGCGAAAGACAGUUUGCAUGAGUGGAAAUUGGCUAGUAAUCUGCAGCAAACAGAUUUUGUGCCUCGGCAGUAA